UUUCUCUCUCCCCUUCAUCUCACCUCCAACUAGUCAGUGCUCCGUCUCUCUGUCCUGCUUUGUCUCUCUCUCUCUCUCUCUCUCUCUCUCUCUUUUACCCUCCCAGUCUCUCUCUCUCUCUCUCUCUCUCUCUCUCUCUCUCUUUCUCUCUGAAGCUCCAGUUUGGUUUGCUGUCUGUCUGUGCGUUGCUGGACUCGUUCUUCUGCAGACCUCAACCUCCAGCCGAACCCGGGACUCCAGUUCAUUCUACAGCGGUAGCAGAAAUGGCGAUGAACAGCAUCCUGAACCCUGAUGACAUUAAGAAAGCCCUUGAGGCAUUUAAAGCUGCUGACUCAUUCGACCACAAGAGGUUUUUUGAGAUGGUCGGACUGAAGGCGAAGUCAGCUGCCGAUGUGAAGAAGGCCUUCCAUCUCCUUGAUGCUGACAACAGCGGAUUUAUAGAGGAAGAAGAACUCAAGUUUGUUCUGAAAGUUUUUGCUUUAGACGGCAGAGACCUGACCAAUAAGGAGACCAAAGCAUUCCUGCAGGCUGCAGACAAAGAUGGAGAUGGAAAGAUCGGAGCAGACGAGUUUGCUGCUCUAGUUCGUGAAUAAGUGAGACAGACUUUUGGUGUAUUCAUACCUCUUGAUCUUUUGACCUUGAUCUCAGUCCCCUAACACACCCCUGACACACAACAUACACCCUCACAAGCUUGCACGCUCCCUUCUUACUACAUUAUCUCCCUAUUCACAAACACACACACACACACACACACACACACACACACACACACACA